CAGUACGCCCGCACAAGUGACGUGAGAUUUUCAGUGUGUGAGUGUGUGGAAAUUUGAGGAAAGAUAGGUGCCGGACACAGCAAUCACUAUGCCAAUACGGAGUUCCUGCGGGAGGCACAGGAGGCGCUCUGGAUGGGCGAGGAGGCACAGAACAAGGGCCAGAAUCAAAGAAAAAGAAGAGAGUCGUGCAUAAACAACGUGAAACUCAACGCUCGACGUCAGAACCGACCCUCGAUCGACAACGGCACCUACACCAAGCGCCCUCGUGAUAAAUUCCAGAGGGGUAGUCUAGAGAACGUCUCCAGCGACCCCUGGGGGGACCCACAACAGUCCUUGAGGAGGUGUCGAAGUCUAAUCACACGAGAGGAUAUUUUCACCAAUUUGGACAUCCAGUGUGAUAAACCGAGACGAUCGCAGUUGAUUCCUCGAGCGAAGUUGAUCGAAAAAUCAAAGGAACCAAGGUACGCUGUUGUCCGGGGACAAAGUUUGGACAAUCUCAGUAUAAGUCCCCCGGAUUAUUCCCCGGAAAGGCCGAACGUUCCGGAAGCCGUCUACACGUCAAUAAGUAACUUGGCGAGUCCCAAAUUCCUUAUUGGCAAAGAGCAAGACAAGAGGACUCCGUUUGAGGACACUCCAGGCUUAAGUCUUCCUAACUAUUAUCCUGAUUCGAGAUACGACACUGAUAACACCGAUGCGAUCUCUUUAGCAGAUGACUACUCAUCGUAUGGCGAUUUCAGUAAAAAGUACUCCUCGUGUGAUAAUAUUUCAGCAGGGAAGUGGACGAUAAACGAACCUGAGAGUAUCCCUUACGACGAUAAUAUAGUACUAAGUGCAAAUAGGCCUUUAUACGAUUCCAUCCGGGAGAAUCACUACGCUAAACCAAAGACAAUAAGAGGCCCAACUCCCUACAAUAGUGACACACAGAACUACUAUAGAAGAAGCUAUUCUUCUGAUUCUUCCGAAGAUAAGCAGAAAGAAAUCGAAGAGAACGACCAAAUCAGUUUGGAGUACUUCGAAACCGACAAAAACCUUGACGAAAUCAACGAAAACAUCAGCAAAAUCCUAGAGGUUGAGGAACCAAAGUGCAGUGAAGUGGUCGAACCAGAACCCAUCAAAGUCGAAGUCGAAGCACCAGAGAACGAAGAAUACAAGACCAUAGUGACCGUCAAUCCUGACGAAACCGAAGAAGAGAAAAACAAGCACAGUCAUAACUACUUGCGCGAGUUUCUCGAAACGCAAAAAGGGUCCAAAAAGCCCUUGCAGAAUUUCCUCAGCAAGAAAUUAUCAAACUUGUCCCGGAAAAGUACGAAUCUGAUCGAUAAUCGUUUCUACUCCCUCCCAGACCUCGCCGUGACGAAAAGUUUGCGAAAAUGCGAAAAAAUCGAUCGUAAGUUGCGCAAAUUAGAGAAAAAUAACCCCAAGAAAGAAGGCGAAAAUCGCUUCAUUGUCAACAUUGGCAAACAUUUCGACAUCACGGCCAACACUAGCGUCCCCGUCGACUUCGAACUAAAAAUCGCGAAAGUACCGAGGAAAAGCAAGAACAAGAAAGUCAAGAACCGGUCCGAGGAGCAAUUUCUCGAAGCCGUGAAGAGCUUGAAGAACACCUUAAGUGUGAAACUCGACGAGAAUCAUAAUUUUAAGCCUGAAAUUGUGGCGUUUCAGACUAAGAUGGACGAGUGCACGAGGGAGUACCAGGAGAAGUUGGGCACCAUGCGGACGUACUGGGACAAAAUGGUCAAUGGGGACAAAAACGAAGAAGCGAAGUGUGAGAUUGUUCCGGCGAAAAUCGAAGACAUGAGGAAGAAAUUUGAGCCGGAGGAAAAAGAGCCGGAAAAGCCCGGCAUCGUGCAAAUCACCAAGCAACUCUUCGAGAAGAAAACCGCCGAAAAGUGCGAAAAAAUCUCACCCUUGAUCAAGGAAUCGUGCAAUUACUUCGAAAAUCAAUUCGAGAGCCUCAACCCCAACAUCGUCGAAAUCGUUUCGAAGGACGAAAAGAAGCACAAACCCGUGACCAAAUCAAUGAGCAUCACUUAUCCAGAGUUCGACCAUGUGCGCUACCGGGUGGUCAAAUCCGACCUCUUCCAGAAGAAAAUCUUCGCCAACUGCGAAAAGGAGAGCCAGUUCGAUGGUUUGAUGCAAUAUUUGCAAGACUACAGUUUCCAGGAGUUGCUUCGUGACAACAACAUCGUGAUAAUCGAGCCAAUCCGGACAAAAAUCCAGCACGAAUCCACUAAUAAGAGCCCAAAGACCGCAAAAAACGUCACACCCUUGUUGCACAAGCACAAAAAUGAGGAAAACCCCAACUUGAAACGCCACUUCUUCUACCACCCGAUCCGAGUGAACAAGGAAGUGAACGAUGACGAACUACCAAACCCUGAUACCGUCAAACAAGUCCGGCUGUUUUUCGAAGGGGGGUUGAAAAGAUCGCAGAGUUCGGAUUUUGAGAGCAACAGGAACGAGGAAAAGUGCGAAAAAACCGCCGAUCCUGAUAAAGAUCAUUGUUCGGCUACCGAUUCAAACACCUCGAACUUGUCCGAUUUUGGGAGCCAGGAAAACCUUUACGAUUCUUUGACCGAGCAUUGUUGCGAACGCCAAUACGUCAGUGAGGACAUCCUGGAGAAAAUCCGGGAAUGCGGGACCACAGUGACGUAUUACGGGGGCCGUGUGGUGAAGAAACAGUCGGGACAACCCGUACUCACCAAGGCAAUUAUGGAGGAAAUCCGAAGUAACGAAAUGAAGAACAGUGAGUGUGGCUGCAGGAAGGAUGGUUAUCAGGGGGUUAAGUUCAAGUUGCUCAAGUCGAACAGUUGCAAUAGUCGCUUGGAGUUGGUUGGGACCAACGAUUUGAAAGAGGCGAAGGAGAAGUAUUUGAAGAACCGACAGGUCAAUCUUGACAAAAACACAAUCAACGAAACGAUCAAGAAGAACAUGGAUUUCCAACCGAGGAUAAUCGGAGAGGAGCGCAAAAUGACGCAAUGGGGCGACCUCAAGGAAAAAACCUACAACGGGAUCAGUUUCAACAACAGGAAGAAAGUGACGUACGACUACCACAAUUACGACUCGAUCAAGCAAAAGACGAAAAAAAUCGACGACAUGGAAUUCGAGCCGUAUGAGGUGGCUUGAGGUGCAACGAAUUUCGACGAUUUAGGUGUAUCAGGUUUAGGGUGUAUGACUUGUACAUGAAUAAAUAUUUGUAGCAAU